CUAACAGAGCUUGCCCCGACACUCUGUCGAGGCUAUGCUUGGGGGAUCUUUGGCUGUGUUACCAUGUUUGUUAUUCUAUAAGAGGAGCGGUAAUGUAGCGGUAAGUGCGCCGCGCUAUAAACUUCGCGACCCGAGUUCGAUCGGUCAACACCGGUGACGAUUCAUUAUCUUGAACAAGGUCCUGGGGCCUUCAAACGAUACGGGAGUUGCUUUCACUGCUGCGGCGCCGCCACCAUGCGAGAUUGGACGUCCAUCCCACGAAAGAAUUGGCGCGGUGGUGGCGGCGCUUGGCCACGCCUGCUGGGCGAACCGUCGCCCGCGACUACCCCCGGCGGCCCCAUCGCCCGGGUCGCCAUGCGGCCGGGCAGCGUGACGUUGAGGCGCGCCGAGGCGUGCCAGUGCUUCCGGCUCAUCCACGUGCAUGCCGGAGGGAGGUCCUCCUACCUCAAGGACACCGUCGCCUCCGUGUCCGCCAUGGUGCACAGCGUCGGCUCGGGGCUCCAGCGGCAGAUUCUCAGCUCGCGCCGGGAAUCGCGGCGCGCUGCGGAAACGGAGGAAGAAGAGGAGGAGGAGGAGGCGGUGAGGACGGCAUUGACAAUGGCGGGCCGAUCGCCAACCUCCCGCGAGAAUGCGACCGCGGUGGUGGAGGUUGGCCGUGUCUACCAUGCGAGCGUCGCUUCGUCUGGCGGAGACGUGGGCCAGGCCAGCCCCGACGCGACACCGACGAAUCUUCUCCAAACGAGCGAGAUGCCCAGCGGGAAACUGGACCCGGUUGAGCCUGCAGCCCCAACCAGUGGGCCUGAGGGCCGCCGAGUUGCGGCGGAUGAUGUAUCUGUGAGCACGGGAUCCGGUCUCUUCCACAUUAGCUAUUUCACCACAAAUUUUGGCGAGACUUACCAGUACCUGGCGAGGCACGUCAACGAUUACUUCUGGGGAGAUGGGCGGGUGCCAGCGGCGUCCCCACCGGCAGUGCCGGUGCCAGCGACAGGGGGCUCGGUGUCCCAGCAGGUGGUGAGGUCCCACUUCAGAACCGGGGAGUUCAGCCGAUACAGAAAUUUAAUUUCGUUAACAUUUUACAGAAACCUGAGCUCAGAAAAGGGUUCCGGCACCGCAACGGCACCGGUCGCCGCAGCAACACCAACCUCUGACCCCAGCAGAGCAGAGGGGAGUGCGGAUGUUCGCUCAGAGGUGGCGGGGAGAGGAUUGCAGCUCCCGGCCGGCGCGUCGCUCACAGCUGUCUCGGCUGCCCCUUCUGCACUGGAGUCUGCCAAGCCGGCUCCUGGGACGAUCGCCCCGCGGGUCACGGAGGAGAAGGGCCGUAGAAUCAGCCUCCAGCGUGAGAAGAUUGUGGCGCGGGUGAGCGUGGACAACAGGACGCGCACCCUGGUGCGCGCCUUGCGACGGCCUCUCUCCUGCGGCACGCACCUCUCCGCCGUGGGGGACCUGUGUGAUCACUUGCUGCAGUUUGGAGACACGGCUAGUGUCGCCGUCAAGGAGGGAGCCGUGCAGUCCCUGCUGCGCCUGCUGCAGCCUGCGGAGCCCCCGCUGCAGGCAUGUGUGCGCGAGGCGCUGGCGCUGCUAGGCUACACGGAGCCCGUGCGCGGUCAAGGCAUCCGCAUCCUCUCCAUCGACGGCGGCGGCACCAGGGGCCUGGUCGCCUUGGAAACCCUGCAGGCACUCACCAGGUUGACUGGGAAACGAGUCCACGAAAUGUUUGACUACGUCUGCGGGGUCAGCACAGGCGGCGUGCUGGCGGUGAUGCUGGGUGUGUUCCGGAUCCCUCUGCCCGAGUGCUACGAGCUGUACCGCCGUCUCGGCACGGACAUCUUCACGCGGAACGUGCUGCUCGGCACCGUCAAGAUGGGCUGGAGCCACGCCUUUUACGACAGCCACGACUGGGAGAAGAUAUUGAGGGAGAAGAUGGGUGACAGCCUGAUGAUCGAGGUGGCCCGGGAUCCCAUGUGCCCCAAGGUGUCGGUGGUGAGCACGCUGGUGAACCGCGGCACACCGCUAAAGGCGUUCGUUUUCCGGAGCUACAACCUGGCCCCGGGCUCCCGCUCGCACUACAUGGGCAGCUGCCGCCACCGCCUGUGGGAGGCGCUGAGGGCGUCGUCCGCGGCACCGGGAUACUUCCAGGAGUUUCAGCUCGGGGAGGACCUGCACCAGGACGGGGGGAUCCUACUUAACAACCCGUCGGCGCUGGCAAUGCACGAGGCUCAGCUGCUGUGGCCCGGCUCCCACCUGCAGUGCCUCGUGUCGCUGGGCACGGGACGCCACGAGCUGGCGGGCCGCGUGCCUCCGCUCACGCUCACGCAGACCAGCCUGCGCACUAAGCUCAUGCACAUCAUCAGCAGCGCCACCGACACGGAAGAGGUGCACACCAUACUGGACGGGCUGCUUCCUGCCGGCACCUACUUCCGCUUCAACCCCUUCAUCUCAGAGGACGUUCAGCUGGAUGAGAGCCGGGCGGAACGCCUGGAGCUACUCCGCACGGACGCCCAGCAUUACCUGCAGCGCAACGGCCCCAAGCUGCAACGCGCCACCCGCCAACUGGAGCGAUCGCGAUCAUCGACGCAGCGCGUGGUUGACGCCGCCAGGCUGCAGAUGAAAAUGUCAGGCGUGGAUUGGCCCUCCCUUAGUCCGUAGCAAGCAAAGUGUCACCAUUGCUGAGUUGGUUCAGCCAGUGAGCUUAUUAGCAGGUCACCAAGCGUGAGAGGCCUGAUCCUGUUGGAUCUCAGAAGCUAAGCUGGGUCGAUUUUGUUAGUCUUUGCAUUGUAGACCUGGGCUCUAAAGUGGCCAAGAGACAUCAGUACGGAAAUGGACUAUUGGUUAUUGAAUCUAUCUGUGCGUAGCUUCGAGUGUUUACCCCCCACUCUGCACACGUGGGUUUUCUGCGAGUAACUCCUCUUCACCCACACGUCACCCAUUCGUCAAGCAAAUUGGCAAAAUAUCCCAACGUAGGGCGCUCCUAAAAAAGAGUCAACUCAGUGAGGAUUACUUGAUGAAGGGCAUUACAGUAUUAUUCUUCGUUCAUGUAUGCUGGUGAUUGGUGCUCAACCUGGUUAAAACAAUAGUAAUUUAAAUGUAUAAAGCGCCCUUUAACAAUCGUUCUCAGGGUGCGCCCAGGACACUUUUAUAUCCCUUACCGAGGCAGUUGAUGAGAGAGGCGGAUGCUCCCAUCUUUGUCUUCACAACUCAGGAGAGUGAGCCGGUGCACAAUCAUGAAGAGAUCUCAUAUAUUCGUAUUUAAUAAGAUAGAAAUGCACAAAGUGUUAUUUUAUAUUUAAUGCACCUAGAUUUGUUUGGGUUCAAUUGGCUGGGUUACCUAAAUCAGUCCUGAGUGAAUAUAUUCCAUUUAUUAACAGUUGAAAUUCACACGGUUUAAAGGAAAUAUUCACUGAGGUGUUUUUAUUCAACGACCACUGGACUUAAGUGUGUUUUGCAUAAGGCUUUACAACAUGGCAUAGACAAUUUCAGCAUGAAUGCCUACAUCACUCUUUAAAUAUUUGAAAACAACAGUAUACAUUCCUGUUGAACCAUCAAAGCUGUGCAUGCCACUUUGCAUAGCCAUGUGCGAACACAAUAUACUUAAAUAUUUUUAAUGAUGUUUAAUCUAUUGGGGACCUUUUGAGGUUAGUUACCACCGAUUAUCUCAUUUACUGGUAGGAACCUCCUGGUUACACCAGCCCACAGGGGAUUAUUGUGUCCGUCCAUCGAGUGGGGAGGGGAGAGUG